GCAUAUGCUGCUUCGGGAGCGACCCUUUCUGCCAGAUCUGCAUCCUGCAGCUCACCAACCAAUGGCAUAUUUUGGGUUUCCAACCAAGUCCGACUACAGACUUGUGGCUGCAGAGACAAGCGUGUUACUCCACUAUGCUGCACACAGCACGGGCUCGUGCUGCGAUCGACCACACGAUAGAAAAGCCCGCCCGCCGCAGAGCUUGGUAAGUUGUGCUCAAAUUGCUGCUUUCAUUUCUCAUCAGACUGCACGAACAUCAUGGGCAUUCUCACGAAGCUCAGUGAAGCGCUCACCGAUCUCAGCGUCAUUCUCUGGGACAAUGGCAUCGCUCUUGCCAACCUCGUGACUCCAAAGCUGAAGGAGGGAAAUGUAGUACCCAAAGGUGCUCCGGGUCACAAUCUGAGCUGGCCACCAUAUGUCGCGCCCUCUCAGGGCGACUCUCGUUCCGCAUGUCCAAUGCUCAACGCCAUGGCGAACCACGGCAUACUUCCCCACGACGGAAAGAACAUCAGUUUCGAAGAGAUGAACACCAAAAUUCGACAGACCUUCAACUUCGCCAGCUCCUUCUGCUUCUUCGUGCCGAACUUCAGCUCUCGAUUCCUGAACAAGUCCUACUCCAAAGACCGCUUCGAUCUCGCAGACCUCAGCUUGCAUGCUCCAAAUGCUAUCGAACACGAUGCCAGUCUCACUCGACACGAUGCCGCGCUUCAGCCAGACCAGGGAAAGCCAGACCUUGAGCUCGUUCAACAGCUGUUGGCUGAGGCCAGUGAAAAGAUGCCAGAUGGGUCACCUCGCCUCACCGUAGAUGAUCUUGCACGAGCACUGUCAAAGAGACGAGCUGAUGCUCGCCGCACCAACAAGGACUAUUCUGAGAGCUUCUUCCACAAUAUGUUUGGCAGCGCCAACUCAUCGACAAUGUUGACGAUCUUCGGUGGACGCGUGGAAGACCUCAUCCCGAUGCUUACAGAGGAACGUUUCUCCGAACACUGGGAGCCACGCAUUGUUGACCGCUAUGGCUUGACUAUGGCGAAGUUCAACUUGACUGUAAUCCCUGUCGAGCGCAAGGUGGAUACCAAGCCCUAUGAGAAGCCUAAUCAGUAAGAGGGAGAUGGCAUCGACGGGCCCGUCUUGGAACUCCACUAUAAAGCAAUGCAAUGGGGGUCAUGAAGAGAAAGAGAUUCGGCCAGGACACGUGGUGAUGGAGGCCACGCAGGAAGCGUGGGGCAUUGGGUUAUAAGAGGUAGGAUAAUUACGAUUCACGAACUCAAUUGAUGCAGCAUCUCCAUCUCGCAAUCAUGGCCAUUCACCCGUCUUACAAUGCCUUGAACUCGCUUGGCUUGGGCGAUCAGCAUUCGGCAGGAGGUACAGGCGGGCGGUGCAUGUGUGCGUCUGAAACCGGUUGCGAGCACGCGUACUCCACUCUUUGUGCAACAGCAAGCCACCAUCGACCAGCGG